AUGCCUACAGACACUGACCUUGACAGAAUUACCCACUCACUUGAAAAUACUUCUGUCAACGACACAAGUGUGUCCGCUAGUGGGUUCGAGUUGACUUUCUCUGCUACAUUAGAUGAUGCCGAAAAUCUAGAACAAUUAGGACCUGUCAUCAAGCAUAUUACAGAGACAGGCAAACAAACUGUCUUUCUCGAUGCACUCGAUGCUUUGAUUCGUAAAAAAGAUGGCGAAAUUGAACGCAUGUGUAACUCUCAUUACCAGGAAUUUGUCCAUGCGGUGGAUCAAUUACUCAAAGUGAGACAAGGAUCCAUUGAGCUAAGAAGAAAACUAGCUGAAGUCAAUCAAGCAUUACAAUCCCGUGGUACACGAUGGGCAGAAAAGAAACGCGAGUUGACGAAUGCCAGAAAAGUACAACAAAAUGUAGAAGAUGCUAUUGAAUCACUUCAGUCUUGUCUGGUCGUGCUUGAAUCAGCCAACAAGGUCAAUGACCAACUUGAACAUAAGCGGUAUUAUGCUGCUCUCAAGACACUGGAUGGACUUGAACAGGAUCGAUUAGGACAAACAACGCAAUAUACCUUUGCCAAAAUGCUUGUUCAAGGUGUGCCUGUCAUGCAAAACAACAUCAAAGCCACUGUCACUAUUGAACUUAAAGAAUGGUUGGCUAGAGUCCGUGAGAUAUCUCGAGAAAUAGGCCAUUUGGCAAUGCAGCGUAUGCAGGAAAGACAAGAGCGAUGGCGGUCAAAGACAACAGAGAAUCCAAAGCUCAAAAACCUUCAGCAUCAUCAAGUCAAUUCUGCUAUUGAGAUGGUAGUCAAUGAAGGCCUUGAAACGAGUAUCUUGGAUGAAGUCAAUAUUGACUUUGAGCCCUUAUACAAGUGUAUUCAUGUCUAUGAUACACUAGGCAAACGAAAUGAAUUCAAGACAUCGUAUUCAGAAGACAGAAGAGCACAGGCUAAUUUGGCAUUGUCAACACCUAUCAAUUUACGUGAUGGUAACCUCACUACCUUUGAUUUCUUGUUGCGUGAUAUUGUAGGCUUCUUUAUUAUUGAACAUAUGAUAUUGCACAACACAACCGAGUUUAGAAGUCAAGCCGAAGUAGAUGGUUUAUGGGAAAUGGUGACUGGCAAAGUCAUUUUGGUUGUCUCUGAAAGUCUAAAGGGCUGUAAAGAUCCCGAAUUGUUCUUGAGAAUCAAGUUUUCACUUUUGAUCUUUAUUCAGACAUUAGAAGGAUUUGAUUAUUCAGUUAAACCAUUACAGGAAACACUCUUGACACUUUUCCAAAGAUACUCGGAAUUGUUGAUCAAUCAAUACAGUGAAAUUGUUCAAGAAGACGAAUGUAUGCCAAUGACAGUAGAGAAUGAAGAAGAAUUAAAAGAAGUCAUGCAAUAUACCCGAUUUCGACCUGAUAGAGAAUUCAUUAAACGCUACGGCUUCCCUCUUCGUUUGCCAUUUUCCAAAGUGUUCCCGACAUGUUGUCGAGAUGUGAGUUUCUUUGUACAUCAAUUCUACCAAUUCGCAGAAGGAUUCAGUCAAACACACGGUGAAAUGGACGAUAUUCUCAAGAAAGCAGUCGACAGUUUAUUGAUUCAGAAAGUCAAUGCUAUCUUACUCAAGAAACUUCAAUCGACCAACUUGUCUCAAAUUGUGCAGAUUAUUAUCAACAUUGAGUACUUUGAGUCCACUUGUCCAGACUUUGAAAUGUUAUUGAUGGAAACCCGCUCUUUUCAUCGUUCAGGCCAUAUUCAUCUCAAGGCAACACCUACCUUUAAAGACACUCGACAUAAGGCAGAAAAACGCAUUUUCGAACUGGUAAAUUCAAAAUUAGAUGAAUUCUUGGAACUGUUUGAAUACGAUUGGGAAACAGAAGAGAUUCAAAAUCAACCUAGUCCCAACUUACAAGACUUGGUGACCUUCUUAACCAAUGUGACAAACGCUGCUUUACUUAAUUUACCAGAAACAAUCAAGAGUUUAUUGUAUUUUGAUGCAUUGGAACAUUUAAGCCAGAGCAUGAAGGGACUGAUAUUGGGUGCAGAUCGAUAUAUUUCUGAAAUUGCUCUCAGUAAUUUUGAUACCGAUGUACGGUUUAUUGAAGAUUUUGUCAAGAGUUUAGGUGAUCCUACAGUGAUGGACACCUUUGUGGAAUUAAGACAAUUGUUGGAUUUAGCUAUUGUGUCUAAUAAUCCAGAAGAAUAUUUGACACCUCAGACUAGAAAUAAGAAAUACAAUCGAUUGAAUGGACGUGAUGUGGUUACCUUGUUUGAAAAGUAA